GGCUCCGUGCUUCUCUAACUCGCCUGUCUCCAGUGGCUGUCUCCAGUGGCUCUGCCCUCCUAUAUCUUGCCUGUCUCCAGUGGCUCUGCCCUCCUAUAUCUUGCCUGUCUCCAGUGGCUCUGUCCUUUAUCUCCAGUGGCUCUUACCUUCUCGAUCUCGCCUGUCUCCAGUGGCUCUGCGCUCCUCUACCUUGCCUGUCUCCAGUGGCUCUGUCCUUUAUCUCCAGUGGCUCUGCCCUCCUCUAUCUCGCCUGUCUCAAAUGGCUCUGCGCUCCGCUAGCUUGCCUGUCUCCAGUGUUUCCUCUCACGGCUACACACGCUAGCCAUUAGCCUCGUAGCACUCGGCGAUAUUUUCUUUCCAGCGCUUUGAGAGGCAUGAUGGAUACUAUCGGGAUGUUGACCGGCGGGCAGUAGCUGAGACACACACUACCGACGUCGAUGCUCGGGUUUUAUGAUUUGAUUGAAGAUCCAUUUCCUUCGUUUGGAAGAAGCAGAGCUGGAGCUAACAGCUACAGCUAGCCUAGCUAUAGCUAGCAAGGCUACCGCUAACCGCUGCUGGGUGGAUCCGUUCCUGGGAUGGAAAUGAUCGUUAAAAGACGGGCGAAAGAAAGUCUAGGUGUUGCCUGGCAGCAGUGAGGGCGCUCUGAGGUGGUUCCCCAGCCCACUGUAGAAUGGCGUCCUACCACAGGAACUCGGUCCGCAUCCUGUCCAGCCGGGAGCGCGGCUCCUCCAACCUCAGCUCCCAGCGCCUCCUUCAGCAGCUGGUGGAGGAGAAGCUGCGCUGGAUGAAAUGGCAGAGCCAGAAAGUGGAGCUGCCAGACAGCCCUCGAUCAACGUUCCUGUUGGCCUUCAGCCCCGACCGCACCCUCAUGGCCUCCACCCACGUCAACCACAACAUCUACAUCACGGAGGUGAAGACGGGGAAGUGCCUCCACUCGCUUGUUGGGCACCGCCGGACCCCCUGGUGCGUGACCUUUCACCCCUCCAUCCCCGGCCUGGUGGCCUCGGGCUGUCUGGACGGGGAAGUACGCAUCUGGGACCUGCAUGGCGGCAGUGAGAGCUGGUUCACGGACAGCAACGUGGCCAUCGCCUCGCUGGCCUUCCAUCCCACCGCCCAGCUGCUGCUCAUCGCCACCAACAACGAGCUGCACUUCUGGGACUGGAGCCGGCCGGAACCCUUCGCCGUGGUCAAGACCGCCAGCGACACAGAGAGAGUCAGGCUGGUGAGGUUCGACCCCCUGGGACACAACCUGCUGACGGCCAUCGUGAACCCCUCCAACCAGCAGAGCGAGGAGGACGCGGAGGUCCCGAUGGACAGCGUGGAGAUGCCGCUGUUCCGCCAGCGCUCCUUCCUGCCCUCCCAGCCCGUGCGCCGGACCCCCAUCCUGCACAACUUCCUCCACAUCCUGUCGUCCCGCACCUCGCCGGGCCAGGGGGGCGAGGCGCCACGGGGCGGGGGGGACCCCGGGCCCUCCCUGGGGGACCCUCCGGGCGUGCCCCCCGGGAUGCAGUUCCCGGACCCCCUCCAUGGCCAGGCCUACCCGGGCUGCACCCAGCACCUUGGCAUGGUCUGUCUGUGCUCCCGUUGCUCGGCCAAUCAUAGCUCCUCCCUUGGACCGGACAUCCCCCCCGGGAUCCCCUCUGACCCCCGCCUGGUGGCGGACCCCCCCCUCCCCGCCUCCUCCUUCUCCUCCGCCCGCACGGAGCCCCGCCCCCCGUCGGAGCGCCCCUCCGCCUUCACCUCGGUCUACUAUAACCCCGCCUCCCUGCAGCACGCCCCGCCCCCGAGCCCCCCCGCCAGCCAGCUGCUGGAGCCCCACCCCUCCGCCCGGCUUGCCGGCUGGCCCCGCCCCCUGAGCGGCGCGGGGGGGCUGUCCGCGGGCAUGCUGCCCCCCCGCACCAGCUGCUCCUCCUCCGUCAGCCUGCUGUCGGUGCUCCGUCAGCACGACUCCUCCCUCUCCUCCCCGGUGUCGGUGGUCCGGCAGCAGGACUCCUCCUCCCAGGCGCCCGUCUACACCUCCGCCACCGAGGGGCGGGGCUCCCAGCCCCGCGGGUCGGAGCCGGGCCCCGGGGCCUCCCUGGGCCGGGGGGGCGGGGCCGGGACCAGCGGGGGGCACCACCCCUUCUGGGACGGGGGGCGGGGCAACUCGGCGGCGUUCCGCAACGUGCUGCAGUGCAACCUGAGCCGCUACUUUAUGGAGUUCGACCGCGGCCAGGACCCCGAAGCCCCCGGGGUGGGCGGAGCCCCCGGCCCCCAGGAGCCCGGCCAGGAGCUGCUCAACAACAACAUGGAGCCGGACCGGGCGGGGACGUCCGGGGCCCCCGCCCACCCCACUAUCAUCCACUACCAGCCCCCGACCCCGCCCCCGUCCUCCGCCCCCACCCCCGAGGGCUGCCUCCUCCCCCCCGGCGCCUCAGGCAGCCGGCCCUCCGCACGCACACACCUCCACCCCCCGCCCCUCUCCGGGACGCGCCCCCCCGCCCGCACCCACCUCCACCCCCCCGGGCCCUCGGGGGGCCGGCCCUCGGGGUCCCGCGCCCACCUGAACCGCUGCCGGGCGUGCCACAACCUGCUGACCUUCAACCAGGACUCCCAGCGCUGGGAGCGCACCGCCCAGACCUCCUCCACCGCUGCCGGGGACCCCCCAACCGCCACCGCCCCCCUUUGGUCCCACGAGGAGGGCCAGAGGGGGCCGGAGGAGCCGGCCCACGACAGGAGGGGCCCCGCCCUGGGUAACGAGCCCCUGCCCUCCGGAGGAGCCGGGGGAGGUGUGGGCGUGGCUUACCCCGGCAGUCCCGCCCCCAGUAGCCCGGAGGUCAACCUGGUGUACAACCAGGAGAGCCUGGGCUGGGAGCGCGUGUACCGGCAGGCGGGGGCGCGGCGCCAACCCGAGCAGCCCGACCCCAUGGCCCAGGAGAUGCCGGUGGAGCCCCCCGACGAGGACUCCCUGCGGAGGAGGCUGCUGGAGUCCUCCUGGCUGUCCCUUUCCCGCUACGAUAUGGCCGGGUCCCGAGACCACCCCAUCUACCCCGACCCAGCAAGACUCUCCCCUGCAGCCUACUACGCCCAGAGGAUGAUCCAGUACCUGUCCAGGAGGGACAGCAUCCGCCAGCGCUCGCUGCGCUACCCUCCCAACCGCCUGCGCACCCUGUCCUCCUCGUCGGACAGCCCCGUCACCACGCCCGCCGCCGCCAUGGACAACAGCGACGUGGACUUUGAGGAGCUGGAUGAUAACAGCGAGCGGGCCAGACACCGGACCCCCCGCAACGCCCGCAUGUCUGCCCCCUCUCUGGGCCGCUUCGUCCCCAGGCGGUUCCUCUUGCCGGAGUACCUCCCCUACGCCGGGAUCUUCCACGAGAGGGGUCAGCCCGGCCUGGCAACCCACUCCUCCGUAAACAGAGUGUUAGCAGGGGCCUCCAUCGGAGACGGGCAGUCUGCGGUGGCCAGCAACAUCGCCAACACCACGUACCGACUGCAGUGGUGGGACUUCACCAAGUUCGACCUCCCGGAGAUCAGCAACGCCACGGUCAACGUCCUGGUGCCAAACUGUAAGAUCUACAACGACGCAAGCUGCGACAUCUCGGCGGACGGCCAGCUGCUGGCGGUCUUCAUCCCCAGCAGCCAGCGGGGCUUCCCCGACGAGGGCAUCCUGGCCGUCUACUCCCUGGCUCCUCACAACCUGGGGGAGAUGCUCUACUCCAAGAGAUUCGGUCCCAACGCCAUCUCGGUCAGCCUGUCCCCCAUGGGCUGCUACGUCAUGGUGGGGCUGGCCUCCCGCAGGAUCCUGCUGCACCCCUCCACCGACCACAUGGUGGCCCAGGUAUUCCGCCUGCAGCAGCCCCAUGGGGGGGAGACCUCUGUCCGGAUGGUCUUCAACGUGGUGUACCCCAUGGCCCCGGACCAGCGGCGCCACGUCAGCAUCAACUCGGCACGCUGGCUGCCGGACCCCGGCCUGGGCCUGGCCUACGGGACCAACAAGGGGGACCUGGUCAUCUGCCGGCCUGUCUUCUACCGCAGCGAUGGGGAGAGUCCGGGGGAGAUGAGCAGCGAGCCGCUCUUCUCCGUCAACAACGGGGGGUCUGGGCGCCCCCGCAGCGCCGACAGACCUGGGCCCAACCGUUCUGGCUGGAGAUUGGACCGGGACAUGGGUCUGAUGAACGCCAUUGGUCUACAGCCCAGAAACCCCGCCCCCUCGGUUACAUCACAGGGAACCCAGACUCCAGUGGUCCAGCAGCAGAACGCAGAGACCCAGACCGAGGUCAACCUCUCAGAACCCCAGCUCAGCACCACCGCCUCCACCCAGGGGGAACCCACAGGUGAAGGGUCUGGACCUGCAGGCACCAGCGGAGCUACUGACACCCUCAAUGCGGGCCCCGAGGGCUCCGAGACGGGCUCGGGGGAGGACGCUCUGGCCCGGAUCCGCCGGCUGAUCGCGGAGGGGGGCAUGACGGCGGUGGUCCAGCGCGAGCAGAGCACAACCAUGGCCUCCAUGGGGGGCUUCGGGAACAACAUCAUCGUCAGUCACCGCAUCCACCGGGGGUCCCAGACCGCUGCCGGGGCCAGACCCAGCGCCCACCCCGAGGCCCCGGGCCCCUCCACCGCAGGACAGAGCCCCCACCCAGAGGCCCCGGGCCCCUCCACCGCAGGACAGAGCCCCCACCCAGAGGCCCCGGGCACCUCCACCGCAGUUCAGACCCCCCACCCAGAAGCCCCGGGCCCCUCCACCGCAGGACAGAGCCCCCACCCAGAGGCCCCGGGCCCCUCCACCGCAGGACAGACCCCCCACCCAGAGGCCCCGGGCCCCUCCAUCGCAGGACAGAGCCCCCACCCAGAGGCCCCGGGCCCCUCCACCGCAGGAACGCCCCCUCAGCCUGGUUCUUCAGCAGCAGGACGGACCCCUCUCCCUGGAGACGUGGACCGUGUGUUCCUCGGUGAGCCGGUAGAAGACUCCUCUGUGGCAGCUCCACCUUCGUCUUCUCUGCUCUUCUCUUCAGAGACCUCCUCCUUCCACAGCCCCGUCCUCCCCAGGGUGGACCCCCCCAGAGUGGACUACAGGGUAGACCCCCCCAGGGCAGACCUCAGUGGGGGGUACAGAGUGGACCCCCCCAGGGUAGAGCCCCCCAGAGUGGACCCCCCCAGGGUGGGGGCCCCCCAGACCCCGGGGAGCAGCCUUGCUAGUGGAGGGUUCCCCCAUGGAGACCCCUACGGCAGGUAGUGGAUCUGGGUGCUGCCUCGCCACUCCAAGCCUUACUUCCUAGAAGACUGUUGCUGCUUUGAUUUUCCCCCCAUCCCCAUCCCCCCGGGACCGCCCGGCCUGACGACGCAUUCCACAUUAAACAUCUUCUACCUGGAUGGAGUCCUGCUCUCUCUGGUCCCUCCCUGCACCAGGGGCCAGAGACCUGGACGGCCUGUGCUGCAGUCUGUGCACUGGUCCAACAGCGGUCAGUGCUGGGGCGGUCAGUGCUGGGGGGUUCUGAGAGAGGCCUUGCGGUGGUUGUGAAUGCCCAGAGUCAAUCAUGUGACGCUCUGGGGUCACGGGGGUUAAAGGGACUUUUAUUGUGGAACUCAAUCAUUCUGCUGCUCCACACACACACACACACACACACACACACACACCGCCAGGGGCCCCCACAACGUCGAGGGCCCCGUGUGUGUGCUGCGCUCCAUACUAUGGCUUUGAUCCCGAACUUCGUCAUUCGAAUAUAAUUCGAAUAAAUAUAAAUAAAUCAAAAUUCGAACGAAUAUUAGGCAUUCGUAAUACUCGUACCUGUUAUGGGCAGGCCAAGAGGGAGAGACGUCGGACAACCCGACGCAGUCCAUUCAUAAUAUUGUAAUGACCACGGAAGAGGCAGUGAAUGAAGUAUUGAUUAGACAGCGAUUUAUUAGAAACCUAAUAACCGUUGGAACGCGCAAGACCGGUAACCAUAGCAGCACCAGUAAACAAACCUCGCGAAGCCCAAUACAGGUCUUACUGAAGGGAUUUAAUGGUCAAAAUAUCAAUAAUAAAUGUCGAAUAUAUUUUAAUAUUAAUAAACAAACAAACUUCGAAUACGAUUUUUGGGCAAAAGUCAAAGCCCUACUCCACACACAUACAUACCGCCAGGGGCCCAGUGUUUGUGUGUGUGUGUGUGUGUGUGUGUGUUGUUCUUUUAUUGGGCUGAUGCUCUAACCAUACAACCAUGUUUAUUUAAGGCCGGACGGAGCAGCGAAUCACAGCCUCUAGAACUCCCGGGCUCUGCGUGUCGUAGUUGUGUGUAACUAAAAUAUUAAGAGAGAUAGGUUGUGUGUUUUAAAUGUGUGUAUGUAAAUAAGUGUGUUGAGUGGUCGGGAGCGAGAGGUCAGAGGUCAAAGAGACCCGGACCACCUGGUCCGUCUUCUGUCAGUUGGACUCACUGGAGGAACACGCGCUUGUCGUCUGUGAUUGGUUGCUGCGAGGCUAAGGGGGGUGGGUGCUGAGGGGUGUGUGUGUGUGUGUGUGUGUGUGCGCGUGUGUUUGUAUAAAGGACCUAUCAGAGUGAGGCGUCGUUGACACGCCUUGUUGGAGCCAUGAUGUUGGACUUUAUUUUAGUUUGAACUUUCCGUUUGGUCAGCAGCUGUUUGAGAAAAGCUCUUAAUGUCGACCUGCAGCGAGGGGGAGCUCUUCCUGAUUACUUGACCAAUGAACCUUUUAAAAAGCCUUUCUGUCAGAGCUCCACCUGUGUAUGGUACAGUAACACCAUCAGCACCACCUUUACGGGGCAGCCCCGCCUGCCCAACCGAUAUAUUUUGAUUAUGUCAAAUGUCACUUUGAAAUGCUUCAAUCUCCUGUUUUCUGUGAUCUGAUUAAAGAGCUUUGACAGUC